AUGCAGAAUGCCCAACCGUGGCAGGAUGCUGGCGUGGGGUCUACGGACCUGAAGCGCGCUCUCUCUGCCAUCUCAGAUAUCCCCGAAUCACUCCUAAGAGCAGAACUUCAACGACGAAAUGUAGGUCGAGCCUCUGACCCGGCCGGUGAGGCCCCGGCCUGUGGUUCUGGCCAAAGAGGCGUCUAUAACACUCCACUACACGUUAUGGCGCUCUUCUUGAUUCUGGUAUUGAGUACAUUUGCCUGCUCAUUCCCUGUUCUUGCACGCCGAUUCCCUGGCCUUCCAAUCCCCCGCCGCUUCCUCUUCAUCUCGAGACAUUUCGGAACAGGUGUAUUGAUUGCGACGGCCUUUGUCCACCUCCUGCCAACAGCAUUCGUAUCGUUGACCGAUCCAUGUCUGCCGCGGUUCUGGAGCCGAACGUAUCGUGCCAUGGCAGGCUUCGUGGCCAUGAUCGCAGUCUUCGCUGUGGUCUUGGUGGAAAUGUUCUUUGCGAUGAAGGGUGCGGGCCACGUCCACGCAAAUGAUUAUGAUACGCUCAUGGGGGAUAUCGGCCGUGAUUCUAUGGACGAUUUCCAGCAUCAAGAUUCAAGUUAUGCGCAUUUGGGGGCCCGCGGUCCAUCUUCCAAUAUUCUUAUGGAAGGUCUACGGCAGGAUGAGCAUGGGGAUGCUGAGAGGGCUUCCGGUUCUUCGCACGAUUUUGAACGGUCACCUCUCAGCGGUGCUCAUCCGGAUAAGGAGGACGAGGAGAACGCUGAUAUUGAGGGACUUGACCCGUACGCGGAUGAUGUUCCCAUCAAUGGGCAGCCGCAACAACCUUCAGGUCCUCACCAGCGUCACCGGGCGCGUGCCACUCCCAACUUUAGGAAUCAGGAUGACUUGGCCUCGCCGAUGCAGAACCCACAACGGCAGCUUCUUCAGUGUCUUCUCCUUGAGGCUGGCAUCCUAUUCCACAGCAUCUUCAUCGGCAUGGCUCUCAGCGUCGCAACUGGCACGUCAUUCGUUGUUCUCCUGGUCGCUAUCAGUUUCCACCAGACCUUUGAAGGCUUCGCUCUGGGAGCUCGCAUUGCCUCUCUCAUCCCUGACCUCUUCUCACCGACUUCUGCAAAGCCGUGGCUCAUGUGCCUGGCGUACGGAACGACUACUCCUAUCGGCCAAGCCAUUGGCCUUGUUUUACAUAAUCUCUAUGAUCCCGCCAGUACGACUGGACUGCUGAUGGUGGGUAUCACCAAUGCCAUUAGUAGCGGUUUGCUGCUCUUUGCAGGUCUGGUGGAGUUGCUUGCCGAGGACUUCUUGAGUGAGUCGAGUUAUCAGACUCUCAAGGGUAGACGGCGUGUUGAAGCUUGUAUAUCAGUUGCUUGUGGUGCUCUCCUGAUGGCUUUCGUUGGGGCUUUUGCCUAG